CUUCUCCUCUCCCCUUCAUACCCGCGUAUCAGCACAUAGGUUAUAGCACACACUAAACCAGCAGUAUUCGGACCAACAAGCAGUGCAACUGUGGGGAAAGAGAUCCAACUGGGAAUGUAUCCAGAGUCCCUUGGCCCCAUGAUAUUCACCUUCACUGGAGCUGGCAAUGUUUCCCAGGGAGCUCAGGGGGUGUUCAAGGAGCUGCCGCAUGAGUACGUCUCACCUCUUGACCUCCAGAAUGUCGUGGAAACUGGAGAUUGCCACAAGGUGUAUGCCACCGUGGUGGACAAGGCUGACCACCUCUACCGACUGGCAGGUGGGGACUAUGACGAUGAGGAGUUCGAGAAAUUCCCUGACAGAUACGACUCAAUAUUUGCCGACAAAAUAGCACCGUACACGACGUGUCUGGUCAACGGAGUGUUCUGGGCCCCCAACACGCCUCGUCUCCUCUCCAUAGCCCAAUCCUCCUCCCUUCACCCCGUCCACAUGGACACCUCAGUCCUGAAGCUCCAGGGUGUCCCCGCCCUGCCUCAGAGACUCCUGGCUGUGGCUGACAUAUCAUGUGACCUCCAUGGUUCACUAGAGUUCAUGUCCACGGUGACUACCAUUGACAAUCCCUUCACCAUGUACAAUGUACACACCGACUCCACCUCCCACGACAUCUCGGGGAACGGUAUACUGCUCAUGUCCAUCGACAAUCUUCCAGCUCAGCUACCCAGAGAGGCCACGGACUACUUUGGCAACAGACUCUUCCCAUUCAUCUCUGAAAUGGUAUGCACACUCACAAUCUUUGUGUCCUUGAAAAAAGUACCGUAUGUGUAAAUGUCAAUGAACAAAUUUUUCAGCCAACUACAAGAAGCAUAAGCAGUGUUCAUAUUUGCUCAACAUCAUGACGUGUUAAAUUUCUACUUUAGCUGAGACUGGAUGGUAGAAAGAGACUGUAUGACUAUGAAGACAUUUCGACCUCAGUGAAAGAUGUAAGCAGCUAGCAUAGCCAGGUGUAGAGUAUGCAUUGCUCAAACCUUUGUUGCACCACUGUCUUCAGGCUGUCAUUGCAUAUAAUGGAGAACUGACAGAGAGGUACAAGUACAUCGAAGAGCUCAGAUCUACAAAGUAGACCAGACCUUCAUCUAUAUUGUAUAUACACUAUAUCAGGCAGACAUUAUUGUGUGUCACUCCAUGUGGCUGUGGAUAUUUUUAUUGCACCACAAGUAGAGAUUAAAUUUCAUAGAGUAGAGAUCUACGAGCUCAGAUCUAUAUACCCCAUCACUUGUGUGUGUUGUUGCAUUUGACAUUUCUAUUGCAGCGAUCACAUCAUUAAUUUCCUUGUAAGACAUCCACUAUGAAUGAGAGUUACAGUAUAUAAUAGACACUAGAAAUGGAACACUUUAAUGGUAAAGAAAAUUGCAUACAGUCUACUGCAGUUGCCAGACAGCAGCUCCAGGACCGGGAGAAGUUGCAAACAGAGCGCGAGAUACUACGUCCUCCGAGACCGUAUCACCGUAGAACCCGUCCCUCACUCCUGCCAGGAACGUCUCGAGGUCCCGAGAACGGACCAGGGACACUACGCACCCUCCCCAGCCUGCCCCAGUGAGUCGAGACCCCAGAGCCCCACUCGACUUGCAGACGGCUACGAGAGAGUCCAACUCCUCACAGCUACACUCGUACAACUUACUGCAGCUUGCGUGGCUCUCGUCCAUCAGUUCCCCAAGCCUAACAGCAGUAGCGUCUACUGUAGUGCAUUCGCCAUUGCCUGUAGCAUCAGACAGUGCAUCGGUGUGGCUUUUGUUUGCAAUGUCUCUAAACUUGUAGACGCGGUCUGCUUCUUCGAAGACAUGAAGUGCUCGUUUGUGCAGUUCGAAGCUCUGCAAGUCUUGGGUCAUGUUGUUGAGAUACUCAGACUUCAGUUGGUCGUCGGUUAUUUCGAGAUGUGAGCAGAUCUCCUCCCGAGUGUAGGCCUCCCUGUGGAGGCAGGAAGAGACCACCCCUGUCAUUUGUUCUAACGAGAGACCUAGAGCCGUUUGUAGUUGCAGAAGCUUGCGAGUGUUUUUCCAAUCGAGGCUCUUGGUCUUUGCGACCACCAUCGCUCCGAGACGGCACUCUACGACUCUCACGUUAAAAGAGGCAAACGCCACUUUGUUUGCCUGGAUGAGGGUGUUUGAAAUGACAAAGACCGUGUCACAGGGUAGGUCGACUUCGGCGGGUCGAAUCGGGUUAAAUUCUAUGAGCAUGGCCUUGUUGCGCUCGCCAAGGAAAGAGAUUGCCUGGUCCAUCCCCCCACCCUCAGUGCCAAUGUAUCGCUCGCAUUUGGCGCAGAGCUCAGCCAGCUCUUGCCUAGUGGGCAUAACUAUUCCGUUAGCGUAUGCAGUAGCGAGGGCUGCGCAGCAGACCAGAGCCGACGAACUGGACAGCCCUGCACUGGGCGGUACGUUACCGUCCACCACCACGUCCAUGCCUACAGGUUCUUGCACACCCAAGUCGUACACGACGCCCUUAUAUCCGCAGAAAAAGUAGUUGUACCACUCGUGACCCUCAAUAGAGGUGGACUCGAGAGUUGAACGCGAGUGCUGCGAAUAUGUCUCGAGGGUGUUAGAGAGUUGUAGGAGGUUCUCGUCACUGCGGCCGCACGCCAUUGCAACGUCUUGUUCCACGGCCAUAGGCAGGACAGCAUAGCCCGAGUAGUCGAUGUGUUCUCCUAUGAUGUUGACUCGACCCGGUGCUCGGGCUAGAAAGUCAGGCUUACGGCCGUGCCGCUCUUCAAACUUGACCACCAGACGAUCAUAUCGCUGCUUGUUUUGCUUACUUCCCUGUGAGAAGUCGUCCAUGGACUGAAACACGGUGGGAGAGGCGCCUUGCAGACGAACUUUCUUCGCCGGGUUUUCUUU